GACCUCCACCAGGACCUUGCACGCGACUCUUUUUGCUACAAAAAUUUCUAGGGCCAACAAGCGGACUGAAGGGAACCUCGAGGACAGGAAGAUCGUAGGCUGGGGCCAGGGGUUUCCCCGGCGCCUGGGGCCAGCCGCGCCCCAGAGCCAUAGCCAUACACCAAAGGUUGCCCCCAGCCGCGGGCACUAGCCAGGAGAGCCCCAGGAGCAGAGUCUGGACCCACCCUGGAGCAUAUCGGCGACUUUCUCUAGCAGGCGCAGCCGAACUCGGCGACUAGCAUCAUCAAUAGGCGCGCAUCAAUCCAACUAGCAUGGUCCUGGGCGCCACGGGCAGCCUGGCGCACCUGAACCUCCAGCCCCACCCUGCCUCCGCCUCUGCCCCCCUCCACGGCGUGCCGCCCAGCGGCCGGGACGCAGAGCUCCUAGACGCCCGCGUGAGCGGCGGCUGCCUCGGCAGCCCGCAGCACCACCACACCUACGACGGCUGUCGUGGGUCCCAGGACGGGCCAGACGGCAUCGCGCACGCCGCCAGCAGCGGCGCGCUUCUGCAGCUCGCUCCGCUGAGCCACCAUACGCACAGUCCGUCGGCUUCGACAGGCUCGGUCCGCGAGGCCGUCGCCAUGCCGCCGCCGGUGUCUGAGCGCAUGGGCCUAGGCCGCUUCUCAGCCUCCACGCCCCAGUUCGAUGCGCGCGGCAUGUCACCGCUGGCGGAGGUCGGCGGCGCGGACGGCGUCGCAAGCCAUCAGCACCACAGCCACGGCCACAUUGGCUAUGACGGGGAGCCGCUGGGCAUGCGGGUAGGGGCAGGGACUGGGUCGGGUGCUGGUGUGCCGGCGCAGCUGGCGUCGCCAUUCCGACACCCAGAGGCCGCUGGGUUAGUGGCAGUGGAGGUGCAGUCCGGGGACAUGGUGCCGGCUGCAGAGGACGACGGCGCAGUGACGUCAGCUGCCGAGGGGCAAGGCACCGGCAAGGCCAGCCUUAUGCCGCCGCCGCCGCCCCCACCACAAGGCUUCGGCACGCCUGGGCGCUCGCGCCUGGGCACUGUGCCAACUGUACACGGCGUCGAGCAGGCGGCGGCGGCAGCAGCGGCAGCGGCAGCUACCGCCGCCGGCACCGCUGCCGUACCGGCGGGGCCGUCGGGCAUGGGCGUCAUGUCUCCGAUGAGCUCGGGGCUGUCAGAGCACAUGCCGCGCACGGCGUCGUUGCCGCUGAUGAUGAGCGGUGGCACGGUGGUGCCUCAGGGCAUGACGGCGGCCAUACCCAUCGCUAUAGCCGGGGUGGGCGCCAGCGGUCGCGCGCGCGCAACCACUGUGCACACGCCACCGCCGGCAGCCGCUGGCAUGGGCGCGGGCGGCAUGGGCGCGGGCGUGGGCAUCAGCCCCGCCGGUGCAGGCGCUAACCACCACUUCCGCGGCCCUGCGCAACUGGUCGACUGCCACCUCAUCCACGUGGCCGCGCAGCAACCACCGCAACAGCAACAGCAACAGCAGUUCCUCAACCAUUCCGACGGCGGUGCUAUGGUUGCCAUGCCGCAGUUUGUGGGCUCGAUCAGUCCCAGCCGGCCCGUCUUCCAGAGUCCGCUGCGUCCCCCACCCGCCUCCGUACUCUUCCCCGCGGCCGGGGACGACGCCGCGGCCACCAUCGCCGCGGCAGGCACGCCCGGCGAUGCUACUGGUACCGGCCCCGCCGGUGGCGGGCUAGGGCUGCAGCUGCAGGUCCCGCAGCUGCUAUCACCGCGGGCGCAGAACGGCGACACCAGCAACGGCGGCAGCUUGUUUGGCGGGUUCGCUGCGGCUGCGGGCGGCCCCAGCACCCCGGGUGGCCCGGCGCCCAUGUCCUGUCGGGGUCCGGAGCCCAGCCCGCGGGCCUUCAUGCCGGGCUCUCCCGCGCCACCGCUCUUUGCGGCGGCAGCCGGCGCCGGCUCGCACCAGGACCCCGGCAGCUAUUACGCCACGCCGCGUGAGGACGCACACGAGCACCUGCAGCACUUUGCGGACGGCGGCGGCGCGGGGCCGGCCGGGCGCAGCGACGACAGCUGCGUCUUUGGCUCGUCGCUGCUGGGCGGCGGCAUGGACGCGGUGGCGGUGCACCUACGCGGGAUGCGUGAAGGCGGGGGAUUGGGUGCGGGCGCUAGGCAGGGCGACGCGGAUGACAUGGACGCCAUGGAGGACAGGGCCGGCAGCAUCACCAGCAGCAGCAGCUGCGGCGCCACCGCAAACGGCUUCCCGCAAUCGUUCGCGGGGCAGUCAUUUGCGGGGCAGUCGUUCUACACGCCCGCGGGGCCGUCCUUCCUGGUGCCGUCAGCGCUGUUGCAGUCGGCGCACCACCAUCUGGCCAGCGCGACUGAAGGGCCAGCGCAGCCGCAGGCCUCAGGUGGCGUUGACUCGGACGGGGACGAGGAGUUUGAGGAUGCGGUUGAUGGCGAGGACGUGUCGCAGCCGCAGGGGCAUGGGUCACACAGCCAUGGCGGCACGGCACCCCCGGAGGCCGCUGGUCAGCGCCCGGUGGGGUCAUCUGCAGAACGGCUGCAGCAGCACCAGCACCAGCACCAGCAACACAACCAGCCGCGCGCCGCAACAAGCGGCGGCGCGCCGCCGCACAUCCAACAUCCCGACGCAACCGCUCAGUCGCAUUCGAACCCGCACUCCCAGUCGUACACACACCUGCAGCUGGACACGCAGGCACAGCAGCACCAGCAGCUGUUCGUGCAGGUGGCCUCGCCGCUGCACGUUCACCACACUCAUGAGGCUGCGGGCCACACCGCAGAACUGAGGAACGGCGCCGCCGCGGCCUCGCCGCGCAUCGACCACCACGCGCCGCCCGCGGACGCCAGCCCCACCGCCUCCCCCUUCCACCAGCCCCACGCUCUGCAGCAGCAGCACGCAGAGGCAGCGGCGCAGCCUUCACAACAGGCCCCGCAGCCGCCUCUGGUCACGCAUUUGCAGCCGCAGUCGGCGCAGCGCGCCUCCCUACAAGCCGCCGCCGGUGCCGCGGCCGGCGCCGCCUACCAGCCCGCGCACCAUCCGCAUGGCCGGCAGUACCCGGACCUGGAGGACCACCCAGAGGAGGACGACGACGUCCUUGACGAUUACGAGGACGGCGGCGCGGCCGCGUACGACGACGACGGCGGCGUAGGCGCCGGCGACGACGAGGUCGUGGCUGACGCGGACGGCUACCGGGAGGGCGAUGAGGAGGAUGACCUGCUAGAGGACGAUGAGGAGCUAGAGGACGAGGAGGAGGAGGAAGAGGAGGACGGCGCGGGUGGGCGCUACGGCGCGGGCGUGGGCUGGGGCGGCGCGGCCGGCUCGGGGCCCUACACGUCGUCUUACUCCAUGGAGCACCACUACUGCGUCAACUGCACACGGCCGUUCUGGGGCAGCAUCUGCCGCUACUGCAACCACCCCGCCGGGGCCGAGGUGGUGGCGCCGGAGGUGCUGGCGGCGGCGGUGCGCUGCGUGGCGGAGGGUGCGGCGGCGCUGGCCGCCGCCACAGCCGCAGCCGAGGGCUCCGCAGCGGCUGCGCAUGCGGCCGCGGCUGCGGCCUCACCCGAGGCGGCGGCUGCCGGCUCGGCGCUGGGCAGCGGGCAAGGUGUGCUGCUGGCGUAUGACGACCGCUGCCGGGCGCACCUGGAGGAGACAUCGCCGGGCAACUCGGCCGACAAGGGCCGCAGCCACCCCGAGCGGCCGGAGCGCGUUGCCGCCAUCAUGACGCGGCUGUACUCCUCAGGGCUGCUGCCGAGGUUUGAGCGCAUGGAGGGCCGCGAGGCCACCACGGCGGAGCUGGUGGCGGUGCACGACGCAGACCUGGUGGCGGAGCUGCAGGCGGCCACGGAUGCGGCGGCGCGGGCCGCGGCCCGAGCGGCGGCGCGCCAGGCGGGCGGCGCCGGUGCAGGCGGCAGCGGCGAGGACGGUGCGGCGACCAGCGGCGCGGCGGGCGGCGGCGGCGCCGUGGACAUGAUGUCGGACAGCGGCAUGGCGGACGCGUUCACUGCGCGGAGAAGCAGCCCGCACAUCCUGGACUGCUACUUCAACGCCGUAACGGCCAGCUGCGCGCGCCUGGCCGCCGGCAGCGCCGCCGAGGUGGCGCGCCGCGUGUGCUCCGGCGCCGCCCGCCACGGUGCCGCCAUCAUCCGGCCGCCAGGCCACCACGCCGAGAGCUCAGUGGCCAUGGGCUUCUGCUACUACAACAACGCGGCGGUGGCGGCGCGCGCCGCGCAGGCGGCGGGCGCGCGGCGGGUGGUGGUGAUGGAUUGGGACGUGCACCACGGCAACGGCACGCAGCGCAUCCUGUACGACGACCCCAGCGUGCUGUACAUGUCCACCCACCGCUACGACCACGGCACCUACUACCCCGGAACCGGCGACGCAAGCGAGGUGGGCGUGGGCGCGGGCGAGGGCUUCACCGUCAACGUGCCCUGGAACUGCAGCGGCGUGCGCGACGCCGACAUGCUCGCCGCCUUCCGCCACGUCAUCCUGCCCAUCGCCUCCGAGUUCCGCCCCGACCUGGUCAUCGUGUCCGCCGGCUUCGACGCCGUUGAGGGUGACCCGCUGGGCGGCUGCCGCGUCAGCCCCGCCGCCUUCGGCCACUUUACGGCGCUGCUGUCCGCGCUAGCGCCGUCGGUGCUGCUGCUGGAGGGCGGCUACAACCUUUCGGCCACCGCCGCCGCCACCGAGGCCUGCCUGCGCGUGCUGCUGGGCGAGGCGCCGCAGGAGCUGUCCGCGCCGCUGGGAAUGAGUGCCGAUGUCGGCGGCGGCGGCGGGGCGGCGGCGGCGGCGGCGGUUGGCGGCGAGGCGUGGGCGGCGGCUGCGCUGGACGGCGUGUCGGACAGCGCGCUGGAGAGCAUCCGGGUGGCACUGCGCGUGCAGGCGCAGUACUGGAGCUCGGCGCGCGAGUCGCAGCAGCUGGUGGAGGCGGCGGUGGAGGAGCGGCGGCGGCGGCAGCUGGCACGCAUGGCGGCAACGCAGACGGCCAGCGGCGCGCUGCAGCCGCACGAGCACUGGGGCUGGCACGUGCAGAUGCAGUCGACGGCCCCAACCCAGCAGACGCAGUCAGCAGCCGGUGUCACGCAGUCGCCACAGCGGACGCUGCAGGCGGACGGCUCGCCUAACACGGUGAGCGUGGACACGAGCGGCAUGGCCGGCGCCGCCGCCGCGCCGCGCUGCAACUCGCUCUCCCCUCCUCCACCGCCUCCACCGCCCCCGCCGGCGGCUGAGCCGGUGGCUGAUGAGGACACGGACCUCGUGGGCGACCCGCGCUCCCACAACGCGCCCAUCUUCAGCGAGCUGGGCGGCGUGGGCUCGGUCGCGGGCGUGAGCAUCAGCGGCAUUGGCGGCUGCGACUCUUACGGGGAUGACGAUGAGGAACGCGAGCGGCGGCGGCGUGUGAUGGACGUAACCAUGAGCGGCAACCUGGACUUUGGCGAGCCCAUGCAGGACAACGACGGCGACGCGCACAUGUCGUGAAUGGCUUGAUGACCAAGUAGCUAGCUAUAAUGCCAGCUAGCUAGCAGGUUGCGGGCAUCGGAAAGGCAUGGCCAGCAGCGCAGCAGCAUCGACAGCACAGGAUGCCGCGGGUGCUUGGCAUGCGUCAGGAAUAAACGAAUGGUGGAUUCGCUGCAUGGCGCGUUUAUUGUAUGACGCCGCGCGCGCGGUAGUUGCAGCACGCGUGCAUUGGCGACUGGGGCCGUGCCGUUGAGAUAGCGGCCUGUCCAUUUGUACUGUGUGUUCAUGCAUGUAUGGUAGCCUGGCGUGUGCGUGUGGGGGCAAAAAACAGGUCCACGCACAUGGAAGUGCCGGGGAAGGGGCCUGGACGAUACGGGCAUACGCCACGUACCCGGCACCGGACAGUCGGUUGCCGGAGGGCGUCCGAGCAAUAGCACUUAGACCUUCAAAUCAAAUUGAGGGCGAGUCAACGUGGCGAGACGCAGAGCGCGCAAGGGUGCGGUAUGACGUGACGUUUGGAUGACACGGCGGCAAGACCGUUAGGGAGGGACAUGAUUUGAUCUAUAAGCUUCGACUUCUGCGCCCAGUGCCGGUUUCCAUGUCAGCGUUGCACCAGUGGUCGGCGCGAGGCACUAUUAGGGGUGCGUGUAUGUGUAUCUGCUUCCGGGCGCAAUACACUUGGCGUGAUUCUAUUAGAUCCAAUGAUGAGCAAGUCACGGGCGGCCCGCAUGCAUGUAACGCAAAGUA